AUCGGCGAGCAUAAGUGACGUGCUAGUAAUGUAACCAUAGUCUCGGCAUCGGAGAAUAUGCGCAUCCGAGUCGUUAUCAACUCGUGCCUACAAAAGGCGUACAGGUAUAUAUGAGGAGCCGGGUAUGCUUCUCGGCAACGAAUGCUUCAUUGCUUCUAUCGCCUUUUUCAUCCAUCCUCCUCUCUUCGAACACGCCAGUGAUGAAGUUGGAUGCGCGCGAUGACUCUGGAUUGACUGCAGACCAACAGAUCCUUCUUGCGGGCUUUGGAAAUACCAUUAUUCAUGACUGUGCUGUGAUUAUCGUGGAGAGCAUGGUGUACGCGGUGUACAUUAUCACCUUCUUUUCCUUACUACGCAUACUGAGACGAAAAGGAUUUCGUUCGAAAGCCAAGGCUGCACUACUUCUCGCUUCUCUCCUCAUGUUCCUGUUCUCGAGCGCUUUAUGGGCAUUGGAUGUGGCAGCCCUCACAUUGAGAACACGAGCGGUUCUUGUCGUCAAUUUGGACACGCCUCUGGAAGAUAGACUGGACAACGGGAGCAAUAUAAUCUUCACCUUCAACUGGAUUCAGGAUAUCCUAUACUCUUUCGAGUUCGUCCUCGGUGACUGCAUUGUCGUCUGGAGAGCAUGUGCUUUGGCUCGUGGUAAUCGACCGUUGUUGAUCGUGUUAUCCCUCCUUCUCCUGGGCUCUGCUGUCGCCAGCUUGACGUUCUUCGGGUGCAUCAUCCACUACGACUUUCCUUUUGAGUCAGUGGCUCUUUGCACGAACGCCGAGGUAGCAGCGCUAUCUUUAUCUAUAGCGACGAAUAUCGGAGCGACAGGAUCGAUUGGCUAUAUAGCAUGGCAUCAUUCGCUGCUGGUGAGGGCUGCUCACGGCGAUUCUAAGUAUUGCAGAAGUCGCCUCGAGAAGAUUUUAUGGUCGCUGGUUGAGUCCGGGAUGAUCUAUGUCGUUCUAUGGGUUUCUCAAAUCUUUUACUUCCUCCCCAUCGAAUUCCCAUCCGGAAGUCCCGCAUCGUUCAUCCAAAUCUUCCUGAGCAGUAUUGGACAACAGAUUGCCGGCCUGUAUCCAACACUCAUUAUCCUCAUCGUACAUCUCGGCCUUUCGCAACUGGACUCUGUUCCAGCCACUCAAAAUAAUACGAUGGUGCAUACUACACUACAAUUCGCGACACGACACGGCAGCCAUCAGAUCUCUCAGUCCCAUGGAGGAACUUCAACGAGAUAUAGCUCUGGAAUGGAUGGGCAGGAGCUUGAGCUGGGACCCGUAGGGGUGGACACCCAAACGAGUGGCGUUCCGAGUCAUGGAAAGAGUAUUGGCAUUGUUAGAGUUAAUGCAGGUGAUUAACGUUGUUAUGACUUGAAUGUGUUCUUGUAAGAAUGAUUAAUACCCUACGGACGCUGUAAUGUACUGCAUCUGCGUCAAGUA